AUGUCGAGCGAUGGCGGACCAACCGUCGCCGUGAAGCUGUUCAUCGACAAGGAGAAGAAAAAAGUGCUGUUUGCAGAAUCCGACAAGGACUUCGUCGACAUCCUCUUCAGCUUCCUCACCCUGCCUCUCGGCACCAUCGUGCGUCUCUUGGACAAGCAGUCUCAGGUAGGAUGCCUCGACGAGCUUUACAAGAGCGUGGAGAGUAUCGGUGAAGAUCACUUCCAAACCAAGGCGUGCAAGGCUAUGCUUCUUGCGCCGCUCAAUGCCGCAGCAAUCCGUUGCAAUAGGCUUAAAGUGAAAGUUAUCGACAAAAACCCAAUGUAUCGCUGCAAAAAUACUAGCUGCGGUCAUUCAACAUUCAGCUCUGUCCCUGAUGCCGUUUGCAGUUGUGGACAUGCUAGUUGUUUGGAAUUCAUCGUAACGGAUGAUCUCCAAGUUGCUCCUGCCUCCACAAGAGUCAUGUUUUCCCUGAUUGAAAAAUAUGGUAUACCGGAGAGAGACAACAUUCAGGAGAAGGUGCUCCAGCUCAAUUCUGCCAAGAUGAUGUGUUUAUUCAGGAGAGCGCUGCUGACGAAGCAAGUCUUAACUGGACUUCAUUUCAAUGUUGCUAUCCCACCGAAUGCUGCAGACUUGUGUGUGCUGCCUGAAAAUAUGUUUGCAAAACAAGCACUUGAGACCGAUCCCAAAUUCAAAGGCAUCAAGAUAAGGCUUGUUCAUGCAAAGGAUGAUUCAGUGCUGUAUGCUGAAGUUGGGCAAGAUUUCAUUGAUCUUGUCUUUGGAAUCCUCAGCACUCCACUUGGAACCAUGCUCAAGACUUUCACUGAGUUACCUCAGAUCGGAUGCAUUGGUAGUAUCUACAAGAGUGUAGUUGCAAGUGUGAAACAGGAAAGUCAAGGCUUACUCCUGUCCCCAAAUCUAGCGCCCUUCUUUGGGUGCCGCAGCAGUAACAUGCUGCAAGUAGAAGAUGAUGGAGCCUAUAUCAAGGGUGGGCCCAUGAACUUCAUGGUGACCGAUGACCUCCAGAUCCGCCCAUUCUGCUUGAUCAACACCCUCGAGUUCCUGCGCGCAUCCAAGGUUCCCAAGGACAAGCUUGUGGAGAAAGAACUCACGCUCAACAAAAUCCAGGUUCUGAAGCUUGUGGGAGCUGCAUUUGGAACGAGCAAAGCCCUCAGCAGCGUGCUCAUGCCUUCGUAG